AUGACAUUUCUUCAAGCUUUUUUCCUACUCAUUAGUCUUCAAGUUAUCACAGAAGGUUGAAACUUUUCGAAUGUUCCGAAUGAAGAAAUAUUCAUCCCAGUGAAUGGUUCAUGCGAUCAGAAACCUUUCACAGUGAAAAACUACAACGACAUGGUCCAAGAACUCAAAAAACCACCAAGAGAAUUUAUUUGCACCGACGCUCCCAUUGAAAUACACUGUGAAAAAAGGUUUCAUUUCAUAAAGUUUCUUCAUUUUUCCUUUCAAAGAAUGAUCAAAAUCUAGCUAAUGAAAUAUUUUGUUUAAUCUGAAGCCGCUGCUCAGUAAAAAUCAUAGUCUUUCAUUUGACAUCAUUUAACUUCCCUCUAUAUUUUUUUCAUGUUUGGUUUUAAAAUAUAAAAACAGUGUGCAGCAAAAACCAUACGUGUUCACGAAAUGAACAGAGUUGAAUAAAAACAAAGACGGUAACGUCAUUGACGAUAGAAAUUGAAAUUUAGCGCUAAGCGCAAAUUUAAAGAAAAAAAUAUAUUCAAAAAAUGUUCAAAAGUAUGUUUGACCACAUAAAGGGGCAGAAAUCGUCGAAUAAUGUUUGGAAGACUCUACAUGAGAUAGUAAAAGCUUCAGUUUUCGAUCAAAAGCAUUUCUCCGAGAUUAAUUAUAAUAGAACAAAAGGAAAGAUCAUUAAGAAACGCUUUAAAAGAAGGAAUUCCGAAAAAGGGACUCAAGAUCUACCGGAAAUGUCGUAAGAUUAGGUGUUUCUGUGCAUUCAAAAAUUUUCACGUAGGAGAUUAAUGCAGUCCUCGGAAAUUUUUUUUAUCGAUUGACGAGGAUUUCUUUAUUGAUUGAAAAGGAUGAAAAGAUAACCAAAUGAGAAGAAAAUUCAACUAAUAAGAUUUUUAGGAAGUUCAAAUUUUUCAGUAUGGUCAAAGGAUUGUCAAUGCUUCUUAGUGCACUACAAGUUUCUUACUCCACAGUCAAAAUAAAGAAUAUUAACUGCGAUAAUAUGAUAUUUCUGGAAAGUUUGAAGAUUUUCAUGAACGUUUAUGUGAAAGAAGGUGAGCGAAGUAAACGAGAGUUUCUAAAUAUUAAGGGAACAGAACCCGCACUUUCAAUUGAUGAGGACAAGGCUGUGUUCUCGAGCUAUUUCCAAAACAAAACCGACCUCAGAAUGAUUAUGUCGGUUGAUAGCGGCUGUACGGGAACGGGAAGUUCUUGGAAGAAAGAAGUCAAAAACGUCGUGGUGAGAGAUUUUUCCGAGAAAAAAUGGGAAAAAUCUAAUUUUGCAGGUCUCCAAGGAUGUUUGUCGAGACAGUGAGAUAAAAGGGUUUUUUAAUUAUUUUAAAGAGAAAUUUUCAGCUAGUGAAGAACGAUUAAAAGAAAUCAGCGGUAAAUUUCAUUAUGUAUCUACAGUCUGUUUUGGAAGUUUGACAGUUUUGUAUUGAUAUUUAUUAUGAAUAUGUUUUUACAGUGACUUUGAGUAUCAUUAUCUUUAUCAGCGUUAUGCACUGUUAUCGUGUUGUCAACUUUGAACAGGCGGAUAAACGUCGAAUGAGGGAAUGGGAAAUCGACGAUAGGCCCAGAAACGCCUAUUCCAGGAACACUCCUAAAAAGGUUCAUUUUGAAACUUGGUUUUUUUCAAAAAAAUAUGUACAAUAUAGUCUCUCAGAUUUUGAAUGUCAAGCAGCUAACUCCACCCCCAAUGCUACAAUAUCUUUCGCGUCAAUGUUUUAUCUACAGAUGACGAUGGCCCUUUAAUAAGGCUGCAUUUUUGACUUCUUUUUCUAUCUUUUAGAUCAAAUAAGAUCAAAAUCCCGCGCGUUAAAACAUCGACGCGAAAGGGUACCGUCUCAGCAGGGGCGGAGUUAGCUGCUUGACAUUUAAAAUCUGAACAGACUAUACUUGAAAAGCGCAACGCAUUGCGUACGCGACGCGGCUUUUUGGCGGGAAACUCGAGGUCAAACGCGAGCCAUCGUUUAUUAAAACCGUUUUUCUCUUUCUUCGAGCGUGCCUCAAUGAAUUUAAAUUUUGGAUGGUGUUGAAAAAAUUUGGUUGAAGCAAUGAAAAAAUAAAUAUAGUCGAUGUGCCAUGACUUGAAAUUUCAUGAAACGACACUCCGAUGUUCUUGUGGAACUAGUGCGCGCUGUCGCGAAGCGCCUUGCCUUUGCGAAUUUCGGUCGCGCUUUCCUUUUUUUCCUUUUAUUUGAUAUUUUUCCCUUUUUUUAACAACUUUUUUUAAUUGUUUUUUUAUGUGCCAAAAAAACGGAACUAUUAUUGCUUUCGCACAGAAAUAGUCAAAAUUUCAAAUUGAAGAAAAAAUGGAAAGCGCGACCGAAAUUCGCAAAGGCAAGGCGCUUUCACGGCCACCCAGCGGAGUGUCGUUCCAUGAAAUUUCAAGUCGUGGCACAUCGACUAUAUAACAAAACAUUUUUUUUUCUUUUUUACCUUAAUUCCGUUCUCCUUCGGGUAGUUCCCCGCCAAAAACCGCAUCGCGUACGCAACGCGUUACCCUUGCCAAUCUGCUCAUCUCGCUUUUCAAGUCGGCAAGAAUUUAUCCAAGACAUUUUCUAAAGCAAAUGUCCUCUAUUCUCAGGGUGUACGUACGGUUCCGUCGGAAACAACGGCCGAUAUGAGAAAAGAGAAAACGGAGCAAACUUCCGAAGUCAACGUGUCGUAUGCGGAAAAGCAGGAAGAAAGCCAGGUUUUUUUGGCUCCUGUGACUGCGGGAGCUGCGGCGACUGCGAUGGCGCCGGUGACGUCACGAGGGAAGGAACGUCAGCAGAGGACGAGCGGAAAAAGCACCCCUCAGAUGUCCUUGAAAAAGACCCAGAGCAGUGUCGAGGAUCCCGCACCUUCGACGAAGAAUCAGCAGAAAGUCGGAGAGCCUGACAAAACUCAGAGCUCUCGAUCGAACAAGGAGAAACCCUGA